ACGCCUGGUAGGAUGAAUAAUGAGAACAUUCAAAACAAGAGAUGCCAAGCCAGUGAUGAUAUUUUUCAAAUCACUUGUUCUCUCUAGGCUGGAAUAUUGCUGUACAUUAACAUCUCAGUUCAAAGCAGGUGAAAUUGCAGAUCUAGAGAGUGUACAGAUAAUCUACUGCACAUAUAAGUUCCAUCAAACACCUCAACUACUGGGAACGCUUGGAAACACGACUUCUACUCGCUGGAGCAAAGAUUAAUAAUAAUGGAUGGAGAAUUGCUAACGGAAGUACCACAGAAUUUGCAGACACUUGUUCGUCUGGUGGUACGUGGGUUCUACACUACUGAAGAUGUACUCAUUAUUGACAUGCUUGUCAGAAAUUGUUGUAUGAGUGAAGAGGAUCUGUGUGAUCUAUUGAAGUUUGACCGCAAGAUGCUGCGGCAGCGCAUCAAUACUCUGCGGGCUGAUAAGUUUAUCCAGGCUAGAAUGAAAAUGGUUACGUUGGAGGAUAACAAGACACAGAAAGAGCAGUACUACUUCAUUGACUACAAGAGUUUUGUCAAUGUUGUCAAAUACAAAUUAGACCACAUUAGAAAAAAAUUAGAAAUGAAAGAGCGUGACCAGACUAGCCGAGCAUCCUUCAUAUGCCAUUACUGCCAGCGAUCCUACACAGAUCUUGAGGCUGACCAGCUGUUAGACAUCACAACAGGUCAACUUUUAUGCAUCAUCUGCAAGCAAGAAGUGCAAGAGGAUAUGUCGGGAAUGCCACGGCACGACACUCGCAUGCUCCUCUCAAAAUUCAACGAGCAGAUGGAACCUCUCUUCAAUCUUUUGCGUGAGGUGGAAAACAUAAAAUUGGCUGCAAAAUUCUCCGAACCACAACCUAAAGACUUCAGUGACUUUAAGAAACCAGGGCAAGCACGAACCACAAAGGCCCCACUCCCAGGGAGUGAUUCUAGUCGUGCCUGGUCUGGAGAUGCAACCAAAAAGUCAGGAUUUCAGGUUGAAGGUUCUAUUGAUGUCAAUAUUAAUGCAGAUGGUGUUGGAGAAGAAACUGUAUUGGCAAAAGAGAAGCCUAUAUGGCUUUCAGAUGCCACCUCCCUUAUCACAACGAACAUUACAACAUCAGAAACGUCUAACCCUCAGAUGAAUGAGGCUAAAACAGCACCAUCAGUUAGCAGUAACCAGCAGCAAGCUGCUGCUGGAGCAGACGAUGUGAUGAUGUUGUUGCAGGCACAUGAGCGCAAGUCUAAGAAAGGUGCCGGUCACAAUUCUGACAGUGAGUCUGAGGACAGUGCUGAUGAGAGUGCCAAUAAAAGAGCAAUAAAUACCACUUCAACGACUGCAUUUGGUCCUGAGCCUAGAGGUACAGAUGAGAUUGAACUGAUAGAUUCUGAUGAUGAUGAUGAUGACUCCAUUCCACAAGUGAGUGUUGCUGGAGAGAAGGUGGCAAUCACAGAAGUUGAUAAUCACCUGAUUGCCAAGAUGACAUUAGAAGAGAAGAAUUCAUACAUGCUCAUUUACCAGGAUUAUAUUGGCUCAUUAGACGAUUAAAUAUAUUUUGUGCCAUGUUUAUAUUUAGGCAUAAUUUAUUUUUUGCUAAUGAUAUUGAGAUUGUAUUUAGCUCAGUCUACAUAUAAAAGAACAAUUUGGGUGCAGAUUAAGAGGUAUUGGUAUUUCAUUGCUCUUUGAUAUGUAGAAGGUUAUUGUCAGUAUCUGACAAAAUUAUAAUGAAACAAUACCAUUGAAGCACAGAGACUCUAUAAUUUUUUUAUAUUAACAAAUUCCAUGUACACAAGAUAAAUUGCCAAGAUGACACUAAAAGAGAAGAAUUCAUGUAUGCUUAUUUACCAGGAAUACAUUUGCUCGUUAGAUUAUUAAAUAUAUUUUGUGCCAUGUUUAUAUAUAGGCAUAGUUGAAUUUUUGCUAAUGAUAUUAAAAUUGUAAUAGUUCAGUCUAUAUACAAAAAAAUAAUUUGGGUUUAAGUUGAUUAUUGCCUUGUUAACCAGUUAAGAGGUAUUGGUUUUUCAUUUUUCUUAUAUAUGUGGAAGGUUGUUCUCAGUUUCUGACAAAAUUGUAAUGAAACUAGACAUAAACCUGCUUAUAUUUGCAGCAUAUAUUCUUUGUAAAAUAUAAAAUAAAUUUACAGUAACUGA